AACAUAAAUUGCGGCCCGAGGCCCGAAUCCAUAGUCGGUCGCAUCGCUUCUCUCGUGCCGCCGCCAUCGCUCGAACUUCCGUCCCCUAGUUCCUGCUCUUAGGGUUCGUUGUUGGUCUUGGAUGGCUCUCGUGGUGAUCUGCGGGCAGCCUUGCAGCGGAAAGUCGACGGCCGCGGCCUGCCUCGCCGACGCUCUCCAGGCCGUGGAUCCGAAACCCACGGUCAGGAUCAUCGACGAGUCCUCCCUCCACCUUGGCCGCAACCAAAGCUAUGCUGAUAUGCCCAUGGAGAAAAACUUGAGGGGUGUGCUUAGAUCAGAAGUUGAUAGAUCAUUAUCUAAAAGCAGCAUUAUCAUUGUGGACUCUUUGAACAACAUUAAGGGUUAUAGAUAUGAGUUAUGGUGCCUUGCUCGAGCUUCUGGGAUAAGAUACUGUGUGGUGUUUUGUGACACUGACGAAGAUAGCUGUCGGGAAUGGAACAGAAAGCGUGGGGAAAUGGGAGAAUCUUCAUAUGACACAAAAAUAUUUGAGGAUUUAGUGCGGAGAUUUGAGAAACCAGACAGAAGGAACCGCUGGGAUUCUCCACUUUUUGAAUUAUUUCCAUCUAAAGAUGAAAUAAGAGAGUCUUCUCCGGUAAUUGCUGAUGCUGUAUCCUACCUCACAAAAAAGGUUGAUUCAAAAUCCCGAGAUGUUAGAGUCCUUCAGCCUACUAUUGCUACUCAGACUGCACAUACAACAGAUGCCAAUUCCCUUUACGAGAUGGACAGAGCAACACAGGAGGUGAUCAACAUGAUUGUUGAAGCGCAAUCUCAAGGUCUUGCAGGAGCUGUCAAUAGGAUAUCUCUUGGCCAACAUUUACCCACCAUAUCCUUUUUCUUGGAAGCUAAAUGGAGUUUUAGUAGCUUAAUGGUCAGCCAAGAUAUUAGUCUCAAGCUCGACUUUUGCCAUCUAAUUAAAUUGCAUACAUUUUCAGUUUAUUAUACUGAUAUUUGUUUCUUUUUUUUUUGUCAUAGAACAUUCACCUGUGAUAUAGCGUUAUUUCAGUUUAUUCACCUAAGGCUCACUUGAAAAAUGCAUAAAAGGAAUUCUGAUACCUAUCACACAUUAAAUAUUAGGUCAUGAUGAAAUUGCUGUAGAUAUUCUCAUUUAAUUUCACACAGGGAUGUCAUUACAGUAUCAAAAACUCGAAAAAAAAAAUAGAUGGAUGUAUUUGUUUAGGCAGUUUGCUACAUGGCAUCACUUGAUAUGGCACCACGGAUGCUACAUUGGCACAUCACGAAAUCAGCAUAGGAUUGGUGGUUCUAUCAUGCGCAUACAAUUGAAAUGGAGACUGGAUUCAUAUCCUCUCAAAUACUUGCAUCUCAUUUUAGUAUCACAUUUAGAGUCUGUCAUAAAUGUCAUAAUGGGUAAUGGGGGGUGUGUUAAAUUCUUGAAAGUGAACCACAUGUGAUUCGAAUGAAAUCAGAUUGCAUCACAAGCUCUUCUUCUAACAAAAGGCCCUUUGAUCUUUUACAUGAGGUUUCAACAGUUACCAGCAGAAGACAUUGGUAACCUAAUCUUAGAUUUGCUUAAAUGGUUUUAUAUCAUUUACUUUGAGCAUAAUAUUGCUGAUAAGCAAAAUCCUUGACUGCCAAUCUACAUAAACAUUCAAAGGCCAAUCGGGCUGCCGGAGCUCAGAAGCCUACGGCGCACCUUCAUUAAGCUCACAGGGCAGUCCAGCCUCAGCGGCCCUCCACCACCAUUAGAUGCAGAUAGCGCAAAGAGGAUGUUUGUGGACUACUUGAACAGAGAAAUUGGCACUUCGUAACCCCACCCCUCCUUUUUUUUUCAUUCUUUUCAGCUUGUAAUUGCAAUCUGUGACUCGCUGUAAGAGGUGAUUGUUUUUUUUGGGCAUGAUGUGAGUGAUCAACACUGAGAUAGCAUAAAUCAUUGAAAGGCCUUGUUGCAUUGUGUGAUGUUGGAUUUAAACCCCAAAUCGAGUAUCUUCUACA